AUGAAGUAAAUAAUGAAUCCUAAGUUUUAGAUAAUCAAAUAACUCCUAUUAAUGGCAGAUAAACUAAUCGUUAACCAAGUUUUAAUUUAUCAAUCUACUAGAUAUUGGCUUUUAAUUAUAAGUAUCUGAAAUUAUACUCAUUGAUAUAAAUUUCUUGUUAAGCAAAAAAUAAACUAAUCUAAAGAAUAGUCAAAAUUGCAAGUAAUUUACAAUUUUACUGAUAGAAAGCCUCAAUUCUGA